AUGGAACAGUUCUAUUCGACUACAGUUAGUAGCAAAAUAGAAGAGAGGGAAGGUAACCUUUUCGACGCUCCAGAUGGAGCAGCCUUGAUCCAUGCCUGUAACUGUCAAGGUUGCUGGAGUGCUGGUAUUGCCAGAGUAUUUAGAACCAAGUAUCCUGCUGCAUAUGCCAUCUACAAAACACACUGCGAGAAGCUGAUGAGGUCUCCCAAAAUCACCACCGCCCCUCCUGCCAGCGGUGGAAUGAGGCCCGAUGACGAUAACCUGAGAACCCGAACACUUCUGUCGCCUGAGGGGACUACGCUCAUCAUCCCGCCUCAGGAAAAGGAUUACGCAGGACAUCGCGGCACCAAGAAGCACUGGAUCGUUUGUCUUUUUACUUCGCGCAAGUUCGGAAGGAAAGCUAGUCCUCCUGACGUCAUUCUCGCGAACACCGAGCUUGCUGUUAUGGAUAUGAAGCGGCAGCUUGAGGAGCUUCGGAUCGAUGAGUCGGUUGAAGUGCCGAUCAGUGGACUUUGGUCGUGUCGAUUUAACUCGGGGCUUUUUCGGGUUGACUGGAGUCUGUCGCGUAAAAUCUUGGAGAAUGCAGGAUUGGAUGUUGUUGUUGUUCGUCCUGAAGGCGAGGAAUGA